AUGCGCCGUCCGCUCCGUGCCGCGCUGCCGCCGCUGCUGCUCCUCCUCCUCGCGAUGAUGUGUUGCGCCGGUGGGUGCCUCGCCGCCGCACGCCGUUGCGUGUUCGAUGAGGUGGUGCGGAAGUGCGGUUCGCCGCCGGCUGCGGUGGUACGUGAGGUGCCGCGGAAGGGGCAGGGCGCGACGCAGGCGUACACCGUCGCAACGCCCGAGGCGGACGGUGAGUGGAGGCCGAUUCGUGUUCUGGCGUCUACGAGGGACCUGGAGGACCCAGAGAAGCACUGCAGUGCCGUGGAUGAUGUACGGCCGGAUUUCUUGGGCGGCACAGGUGUAUGUCUUAAGGAGCAUUUGAUGACACGGAAUAUACUGUUUGCCAUGACGAAUAAUAUUAUUCCCGGGGCUAUUGGGCUGCACUCGAGUCGUCUUCUCGUCAGACGUGUGCGCAGGGUGCUGAUGGUGCCUCCGUUUAAUGCUGGAAUGCUUUGUAGUGAGUUCAGCGUCCCUGUGGAGCACUACUCUCCCGGAAUUGCGGAUGCCGACUUGGUGCUGUACGUGGGUGCCGGGCCGUCCUCUGUCUCCUGGGCUCUUGCAUGCGCCACGGAGGGGGGUCGUCCGUUCGUUGGAGGCCUGCACAUUGCCGUUCCCGACUGCCUUUUGGCGCGUCUGGCCGUGCGGAUCGUUGCGCACGAGGUUGCGCACGCUCUUGGCUUCAACUACCAACAGAUGGCGGGGCUGCGGAUGGUGUCGAACGACACGACUCUCCCUGGCGGGGGACGCGCCGUGGUGACCACCGCGGAAACAAAGAAGCAGGUCCAGGCACACUACAGCUGCAGCCGUCUUGAUGGUAUGGAGCUGCAGACGACCGCGGGUGGGGCACCGCAGUCACACUGGACGUGGCGCAGCGCGAAGGACGAGCUGAUGAGUGAGUUCUUGGGCGAGGGCGGAGGCCUCUACACCGCACUUACGAUGGCCGUCUUCGCAGAUAUGCCGUUUUACAAGGUGCGCUGGGAAAUGGCCGAGCCGAUGAGUUGGGGGAACGGCUCGGGUUGCGGCUUGCUGGAAGGCAAAAGUGCACCCGAGAGCAUUGCCGGCUACUCGAACAUGUUUUGCGAUGUCGCCGAUCAGAGCCUGCGCUGCACUUCUGACCGCAAUUUCGUGGGGAGGUGCACCAGCGUAGCCACGAGCGACUGCUCGGGGAACGGAGGAUCGGGCUGCUCUUUCGUUGCAUCGUUUUUGCACGAGGGAACGGCGGAGGGCGGCCUUCGGAGCUUUUGCGCCGACAGGAAUGUUGAGUUUCUCCCUGGCGGGCGCACGGGCAUUUACUCGUGGUGCCUGGAUGCGGAGUCCCUCACCGUGACAGCGGGGAACGGCAGCCGCGUGGAGCAGGAGCAGGACGUUGGCGGGGUGUGUGCGCAGGUAAUGUGCGACAAGGGGAAGGUGUGGGUGCGGUACCUCGGCAACAACACGUGGCACGACUGCCGCGCGGGCGGAUUCAUUGCGCCCGCGUCCCCCGCAUUCAAGGACGGCGGCAGGAUCUGGUGCCCGGAGUACAGCGCGGUGUGCACCAUUGCCCCUGACGGCAGCAGCUUUGUCACGCCGGGCAGGCCGGACGCCGCGGUGAGGGCCACGCAGCUUUGGCCGCUUAUGUUUUUCGUCCUUUUUUAUAUUCUCCUCGUCGCCGUCGUGGCCGCGGCGCCUCUGUAA